AUGCCGUCUGCUAAGUUGUCGCAUCCAACUCCGGUGUUCUUCUUCUCGCAUGGCUCAACCAUGAUGUUGGGGGAGGACUCGGAGCCGGCGGCGUUCUGGAAACAGGCGGGCAAUGAGGCGCUCCGACGAGGAGUUAAGAGCAUUGUGAUGAUGGGUGCCCACUGGGAAUGUGUUGGCGAUAAGAUCCAGGUUGCCAUGAGUCCGAGCCCAGGAAAGAAUCCAGUGGCAUACGUAAAGAGAGAACGAUACGAGAACUUUAAACUGGUGCCCGACCUGCCCAUGGGCGAACGUGUCCUUGAGAUGCUCCGCAAAGGUGGUUUCAACGCUGAACCUAAUCACAAGUUCAACUUUAUCCAUGACUCUUUCCUACUACUCAUUCGCAUGUUCGCUGAGCGCGGGAGUAAUAUCCCCACCGUCCUAGUGUCGGCCAAUUCUCGGUUUGACCCGCACUUCCACGCAAAGAUUGGCGUGGUGCUGCGUCCACUACGUUACGAGAACGUACUUCUGAUCGGCUCGGGCGGCGCGGUGCACAAUCUGUAUCGUAACCACUGGAUGCAGAUGGUCCUGUACCGUGACAACUUUGCUAUGCCCCAGCCACCAGGGGAAUUUGCUCUCGAGUUCCGACAGGCAGUCGAGGAUGCCAUCACGAUGAACAGUGGACCAGCCUUGAGGCGAGCAGUUACUCGGUUGAUGAAACACCCACGCUAUCGGGAAGCGCACGGCACCGAUGAGCAUUUCAUCCCAAUGUGUUUCAUAGCGGGAGCUGCAGGAGACAAAGCAGACGAAGGAACGAAGAAUGUUAUGACUGCGGAGUGUUGGGAGCUUGUGGCCAUGGCGAACACUCAAUUUCAAUUGGGUGAGUGGGUAUAG